AUGACACCACAAAAAGCAGCUCCGCGUGGCCUUGAGAGGAGUCAACGGUCGGAAACCCUCGCAUCCGCCGACUGCAGUGAUGCUGUCUCGCUCGGACGCGUGGGGAAAGUGCGCCGUCUCCCUCUCGCCGGCCGAGGGGCUUCGGGCCGCGCCGGGCGAGGGCGCAGGCGCAGCGGCGCGAGUCGUUUGCUCGACUGGAUCGCCAGGGCUGCCUCAGCCCAGCUUUUUCUGAACCUCCCACAUAUUUCUACGUCGUUAUUGUUCGCACCGCGCUCUGGUCUCCGCCUGAACGCGUGA